AUGACCUCCGAACAACAAACUCUACCUGGUCCCAUCUGUGGCAGCGUCGACACCAACAACGAAUUCUCUGCAUUUCAAGCCAUGCUACUAGAUGCAUCAAAGGGGGUGACAGAGGGAAUGGAUGCAGAAUAUAAAUGGUGUGAUUCAAUUACACUGAAGGGCACGAGUAAACCGCCAUCUGAGGAACGAGGCACUUAUGGCCAUGCACAGAAGAUGAGGGCAGCGAUGACCUAUGCCUUUGGGUGGUUACAUGGGCUCGGUGAUAUGCCCUGGCAUCAGUCAGAGGUACUGGGGAAUUCCACCAUGCUGGGGAACCCAAGUAUGUCAGUACAGGUGUCAUCUUACAUGUGUGCCUUACGGCACCGCAAGGUCCAAGCUGGCAAAGUUGCCAUCAGUGCACAUGCAAUCACAUCAGAGAUACUCUCACAACUCUAUCAUUUCAACCAUCUACCCAACAAUUGGACCAUCCAUCCAUACCAGCCUGGCACUCGUCGACCUUGUGACCCCAACCAUCAUGGUCAAGAUGACAGGUUGGCAGACUGGGGUGGUGCUUGGGCCUGUCGUCUCUUACAAGCUGCCUAUACAAUUGCGUUCAUCUGCCUUCUCCGAUUUGAUGAAGUUUUGAAGAUUCAAGUCCACGACAUCAAUUUCAUGUAUGAUGCUGCUGGCACCACAACUGGCAUGUCCAUUACCCUCCCUUUCCGUAAAACUCACCAAACCGGAGACAUCAAACCAUAUUUCCUGUGGGCGUUCCAUCAAUCGGAAGCUCACCUCUGCGCUGUAAGGGCCAUAUCUGAGUGGAUCAUAGCGUCCAACAUCACGUCCGGUUACCUCUUCCGUAAAAUUGCUUCUGGUGACCGUGUUGCAGAAGCCAAUGUACCAAUGUCGUCUGAACAGUUCCUGGAAAUGUUCCAAAACAACUUGUUGGACCUCAACAUUGAUCCUGCAGCUUAUGGCACCCACUCUUUUCGGCGGGGAGGCUGCCAGUACCUCCACAUCGAACGACGAUGGCCUCUGAGGAAAAUUUGUGAAUGGGGAGGUUGGAGUCAAGAAUUCACUAACCUCACGAUAGUUAAGUACCUCAUCUCAGUCAACGAUGAUGUGAUGGAGGCCCGCGAAGAUUUUUUCAACCCAAAUCGCCGUCCUGCACUCAAAUGCCCACACUGUGGAUGA